UCUCCUCGCUCUCUUUUUUCUUCUGGAAGAGUAAGAGGGAAUGGAGGAGAAGCAGCUUCGGUUCUCGGCACAUUUACUCCUACCUCCCCUCAUUUUGCUACUACUCUUGGAGCUCUCUCUAGCGAGAGCCUCUUCGUCGUCGUUGGACGGGGACCUGAGCGCCCUGCUGGCCUUCCGCGCUUUGUCGGACCCGGCGCAGAAGCUGGCGAGCUGGAACUGGUCGCACCCGGCCCCGUGCUCGACAUGGCUAGGCGUCUCCUGCGCCCAAGGCCGCGUCACCCGCCUCGUCCUCGAGGACCUCUACCUCUCCGGCCGCGACGCCCUGCAAUCCCUCACCCGCCUCGACCAGCUCCGUGUCCUCAGCCUCAAAUCCAACCUCCUCUCCGGCCCCAUCCCCGACCUCUCCCCACUCCCCGCCCUCAAACUCCUCUUCCUCUCCCACAACAACCUCUCCGGCCCCAUCCCACCCUCCAUUUCCUCUCUCUCCCGCCUCUACCGCCUUGAUGCCUCUUAUAACAACCUCUCCGGCUCCGUGCCCACCACGCUGAACCGGCUCUCCCGUCUCCUCACCCUCCGCCUCGAUUCCAACCGCCUUUCCGGUCCCAUCUUCGGCCUCGCCCUCCCCAGCCUCCAGGACUUCAAUGUGUCCUCUAAUAUGCUCUACGGCGCCAUCCCUCGUCCUCUGGCCGCCUUCCCCGCCGCCGCAUUCGCGGGGAAUCUGGCCCUCUGUGGCGCCCCUCUCGCCGGCUGCCGCGACGCCGUCAGCAAGCCUACCCACCCCGCCGCCAACGCCACCACGGUCGCUCCAGUCCCCCCCGCCGCCAACACCACCGUCGUCGCCUCCUCCCCGUCCUUCAAGCCCGAGGCCGCGUCCCCCGGCGAGCGCCGUCGCCCGACCCCCAGCGGCAUGAGCCGGGUCGCCGUGGUGAUCAUUGUGGUCGGGGAUUUCGUCGUUCUCGUCAUCGUCUCUGGCCUUUUGUUUUGCUACUUCUGGCGGAAGUUCGCCGGCAAGAAUCCGUCCCGGCUCCAAGAGGGGGAGAAGAUCGUCUACUCCUCUAGUCCCUACGCCUCCCAGGGAGGCGUCGCCCCCGGCGGCGGGGGAGGGGGGUUCGACCGGGGAAGGAUGGUGUUCGUGGAUGACGCGAAGAAGUUCGAGCUGGAGGACCUUCUCCGGGCCUCCGCCGAGAUACUGGGAAAGGGCGGCUAUGGGACCGCCUACAGGGCCGUUCUCGAUGACGGCAGCGUCGUCGCCGUUAAGCGCCUCCGCGACGUGCAGGUCGCCGGGAAGCGCGAGUUCGAGCACCACAUGGAGACCCUCGGCCGGCUGCGCCACCGCAACCUCGUCCCUCUCAGGGCUUACUACUGCGCCCGCGACGAGAAGCUCCUUGUCUACGACUACAUGCCCAAUGGCAGCCUCCAUUCCCUCCUCCACGGGAAUCGAGGGCCGGGGCGGACGCCGUUGGACUGGACGACGAGGAUGAGGAUCGCGGCGGGGGCGGCGAGGGGGCUGGCGUUCAUCCACCACGCGAGCAAGGCGUCGAAGCUGGCCCACGGGAACGUCAAGUCCACCAACAUCCUCAUCGACAAGACCGGCAACGCCCGGCUCGCCGACUUCGGGCUGGCCCUCCUGGGCCCCGCGGCGGCUGCGCGGUACAGCGGGUACCGCGCCCCGGAGGCGCCGGCAUACGGGCGGCGGCCGUGGUCGUCGCAACGGGCGGACGUGUACGCCUUCGGCUUGGUGCUGCUGGAGCUCCUCACCGGGAAGCCGGCGGCCGGGGGCAGCGGCGGAGUAAUAAACCUGCCGCGGUGGGUGCAGUCGGUGGUGAGAGAGGAGUGGACGGCGGAGGUGUUCGACCUGGAGCUGAUGCGGUACAAGGGGAUCGAGGAGGAGAUGGUGGGGAUGCUCCAGAUCGCGUUGAGGUGCACCGCGACGGCGCCCGAUCAACGGCCCAGGAUCGAUCAGGUGGUCAAGAUGAUCGAGGAGAUCCGUGGGGAGGUAUCGCCCUCUCUCGAGUCCUUCGACUCGGUGUCCGACUCUCCCUCCGCGUCUGAGGACGCCAGCGCCACCACCGCCGGCGUCAGUAGCCAGUAGAGGAGCCGUUGGAGACUUCGCUUGGCGCUAUUUCUAAUUACUUUUCUUUUUGCAUUUAAGAAACUGUGUUUUUGUGAGCAGUUGGAUGUGAGAUGGAGGGUGUAGAGGGUGUUAGCUUUUGCUUUUUUGGUCGUUCUCGGUGUGUUUUGUUUGUUAUGGUUGGCAAUGUGGCUUCGUCCGGAGGAGAGUACUGACUUUGUCUCAAAACGUGCCAAUGGAUCUUGCAAUCAGAGGCACUUGUACA